CGCUCUGAGCCCUGGCCCGGCGGCGGGGUGGGUGGCUCUGCGCCGGCGGCUGCCCCGAACGCCGGCCCAGCGCCCCAGCCCUGCUGCUGGACGGGGCCGCUCGGCCUGACAUGAGGCCGUGAGCCUGCACCGCUGCCGGCUGAGACACACGAGGAAGAAGUGGCUAGUUCCAUUAUGUGUGCGUCAGCCAAAUAUAACACCCGGGGUCCAGCCCUCAUCCCAAGAAUGAAGACCAAGCACCGCAUCUACUACAUCACACUCUUUUCCAUUGUCCUGCUUGGCCUUAUUGCCACAGGUAUGUUCCAGUUCUGGCCACACUCCAUUGAGUCAUCCAGUGAUUGGACAGUGGAGAAGCGCAGUGUCCAUGAUGUGCCUGUAGUCAAGCUUCCUGCUGACAGCCCCAUCCCAGAACGGGGAGACCUUAGCUGUAGGAUGCACACCUGCUUUGAUGUCUAUCGGUGUGGCUUCAACCCCAAAAACAAGAUCAAGGUCUAUAUCUAUUCACUGAAGAAAUACGUGGAUGAGUAUGGAAUGCUGGUUAGCAACACUAUCUCUCGGGAGUACAACGAGCUGCUGACUGCUAUCUCUGACAGUGACUUCUACACAGAUGAUGUCAACCGGGCCUGCCUCUUUGUGCCAUCCAUAGAUGUGCUGAACCAGAACACGCUCCGCAUCAAGGAAACUGCUCAAGCCUUGGCACAGUUAUCCAGAUGGGAUCGAGGCACAAACCACCUGCUGUUCAACAUGCUGCCUGGGGGGCCACCUGACUACAACACAGCACUGGAUGUUCCCAGAGAUAGAGCCCUGUUGGCUGGAGGAGGCUUCUCCACAUGGACCUAUCGGCAAGGCUACGAUGUCAGUAUUCCUGUUUACAGCCCUCUGUCUGCAGAGGUGGAGCUGCCAGAGAGGGGACCAGGUCCUCGUAGGUACUUCAUCCUGUCAUCCCAAAUGGCUCUUCACCCGGAAUACCGUUCUGACUUGGAGGCUCUUCAAGCUGAGAACGGAGAGUCUGUGCUGAUCCUGGACAAGUGCACAAAUCUGUCAGAGGGAGUUCCUUCUGUUCGUAAACGUUGUCACAAGAACCAGGUCUUUGAUUACCCUCAGGUGCUUCAGGAAGCCACAUUCUGCAUCGUUCUGCGUGGUGCUCGCCUGGGACAAGCUGUGCUAAGUGAUGUACUUCAGGCUGGCUGUGUCCCUAUUGUUAUUGCUGACUCCUAUAUUUUGCCUUUCUCUGAAGUUCUGGACUGGAAGAGAGCCUCUGUUGUGAUACCUGAAGAAAAGAUGCCUGAAAUGUACAGCAUUCUGCAAAGCAUUCCUCAGCGGCAGAUUGAGGAGAUGCAGAGACAGGCAAGGUGGUUCUGGGAAGCGUAUUUUCGGUCGAUGAAAGCUAUUGCUCUGGCCACCCUUCAGAUUAUCAAUGACCGGAUCUACCCAUAUGCUGCCAUGUCUUAUGAAGAAUGGAAUGAUCCCCCAGCUGUUAAAUGGAGCAGUGUGAGCAACCCACUCUUCCUUCCAUUAAUCCCACCACAGUCUCAAGGCUUCACUGCUAUAGUCCUGACAUAUGACAGGGUGGAAAGCCUCUUCCGAGUCAUCACUGAGGUGUCCAAGGUGCCCAGUCUAUCCAAGCUGUUAGUCGUCUGGAAUAAUCAGAAUAAGAAUCCACCAGAAGACUCUCUAUGGCCAAAGAUUCGAGUUCCACUGAAGGUUGUGAAGACCACAGAAAACAAGCUUAGUAACCGCUUCUUCCCCUAUGAUGAGAUUGAAACGGAGGCCGUCUUGGCCAUUGAUGAUGAUAUCAUCAUGUUGACCUCUGAUGAACUGCAGUUUGGUUAUGAGGUUUGGCGGGAGUUUCCUGACAGGCUGGUUGGGUAUCCAGGUCGCCUGCAUCUGUGGGACCAUGAGAUGAACAAAUGGAAGUAUGAAUCAGAGUGGACCAAUGAAGUCUCCAUGGUGCUUACUGGAGCAGCUUUUUAUCACAAGUAUUUUAACUACCUUUACACCUACAAAAUGCCUGGAGACAUCAAGAACUGGGUGGACGCCCACAUGAAUUGUGAAGAUAUCGCCAUGAAUUUUCUAGUGGCAAAUGUUACUGGCAAAGCGGUUAUUAAGGUGACCCCACGAAAGAAGUUUAAAUGUCCAGAGUGCACAGCCAUAGAUGGAUUGUCGCUGGACCAGACACACAUGGUGGAAAGGUCCGAAUGCAUCAAUAAGUUUGCCUCUGUCUUUGGGACCAUGCCCCUGAAAGUGGUGGAGCAUCGUGCUGAUCCUGUCCUGUACAAAGAUGACUUCCCUGAGAAACUGAAGAGCUUCCCCAACAUCGGCAGCUUGUAAAAAGGCAGCUCAGAGGCAAACUUGAGUAUAAAAAACAAUGAGAGAAAAAAGAUGACCAGUGCUAAGAUGAGCCUGAGGCCUUGAAGGAAAAUGCCAGCGUGUGGGUUCGAACUGAGGGGAAGAGGAUUAAUGCCAGGUUCUGAUAUAUUAAUCCAUCCUUCACAAUACACAGAACACUAAUGCAGAGCACUGCAGCUAUUUCUAUAUUACACACAAAUACAGGACAGGUUCUAUGCUUGGGUCUGCCGAAAAUGCCAAACAUUUUUUUCCAGUGGAGCCUGCUUAUACAGAAGGAUAAAGCAGAAUCUUGCUGUGUAAGGAGUGCCUUACAUGACUCCCCUGUUUUGUUAAAUACACUCUUUUGGUUUGAUGCAACCACCAGUAUAAAUGCAAACUGCUUUCAAUACUGGCUACAACAUGUAUCCAGCCUGUUUUUCCCCUUUUAAGGCUGGCAUGCCUACCUCCAUUGAGGUUAGUUGUUGGCUUUAAGUAAUUGAGCAACAAAGAUCCCUGCCUGGCUUUUUUGCUUAGCAAGAUAAAUGUUUUUCUUUAAAACAAAAAUUAAAAAUCCAGUCUUUUGUUGUAGGGUUUAGGGGGCUAAACAUUUUUGCAUUAAAUGAAAAAUAUUUCAGUGGGAAUUGACGCAGAUCACAGCCAAGGGGAUGGUCUCCUUAAUUUAAAGACUUAGAUAUCCCUACCAUCACUACACUUCUCAUAUGUAUGUAUAAAUCUCAGGUUUUCUGCUAUACUCAUAGAAGAGAAGUCCAUUCAAUAUAAAAGACAUUUUAUGGAGAGGAAAAUGUAUCUUCUGCCCUUACUAUGUUUUGCUAUCCCCAAAGCUCUUCCUUAUCAAGAUGGAACCGUUGUUUGUUCAUACAGCAUAUCCAUGUACUGGGGUAACAGCUAAAAUAGAUGAUUGUAUAUGUGAACCCUCUUCAGAAAACAAUGUGCUGUAGGAUAGAUUGUCAUGCACCUCCAUCUGCAGGAAUUCCACUUUACAGCUGGUGUGUGUAUGUGCAGUAUAUUAAUAACACAUACUUAGCAAACAAACCCAUAUAAGCUGCCCUCAUUUGAAAAAUUGCCAAGGGCUAGCCUGUGAUUAACCUAUAGAACCCACUGCCACAGGAUCUUACUUGAACACAUGGCUUAGUAUAAUUUUUAAAAGGUUAGACAUUUGUUAUGGAGGGUCAAGGUGUUUCUCCAUGGUUAAAGUUGAUCUGAAUAUUAUCUGUCUACACUAGAGACAAUAAAAUUUUCAAGGAUGAUCAGUCUUCGUGCUCCAGCAUAUAAACUGAUCCCAAGCUGGAACCAGAGAGAAAGUCUCCUCUUUGCCCAAGUGGUAUAGUGUCCAUCUAUUUGGUGCAUUAUGGGCAGUUUGCACUUUCCUCACUAGCAUCCAGUACUGCAACUGUUGGAGGCAUCAUAUUUGAUGGACCAUCUUUCUGUUACAGUAUGACCAUUCUUAUAGUUCUGCCAAAUCCCAAACAGCAGGGCAAGUGUUAGCACUCUUAGUUCAUCCCUCUGCCCUGAGAAUGACAGGCAGCAAUGGCAAAAAUCAAAUGGAAGUCAAGCCAGAAACAGGAAACAUCUGCUCCCUGUUUGUGUCACCCCAGUAAAACUUUCCUCAUUGCCCAACACAGUGGAGGUGUUGGAAAUGAGAAGCCUGUUAGAACAGUAGCUGUGAGGGGAUACUUCAACUUAGAACUCUCAAGGGAAGUGUCUGUAAACUAAAUUGUCUCAUACUUGGGAAUGUUUAAUUACCGAUAAAUUCUAGGACUUGUUUCUAGGACCUUGCAGUCUUUGCUACGUUCUAACUGUGCUGUGGGGGAUGGUAGCAGGCAAUGGCAGGAAUAGCUGUCCCGGUGAUGGUAAUGCUAAUGACUUUUUGCAUACAGGGGGUACCACUGGGUGAGGAACACUGUUUCUCUGCUGCUGAACAGUUCUUCCCUGCAGCCUCCACACAUGCACUUACUUCCUGAGUCUGUUAGUUUAUGCCUGAAUUAUGUCCUUGUGCUUAAGAAUCAGACUGCAGCUCAAUUUCCAUAAAGCAGCUUGUUUUUAAAAGGGAAAUUAUGACAGCAGAAUAUGCUACUGAACUGACCCCAAAGGUGGGGCUAACCUCAGGAUGGCAGAGGUUUGGGAGUGUUCCAGAGAGAACUUCUCCCAUGCACAGUCUUGAAACUGCUGCAACCUGGUAGUUCCUACUUAAGUUCAUAGGCAAAGGUUACAUGUAGUUUUUGCACAAACACUUAUAGCACAAGGCAAAUUUCAGAUUGGGGGAAUAUGGUGGCCUAGAAAUAGAAGUGGUGGGUGCCAGCCUGACAAAGAAAAGCUCUGUGUAGCUCGAAAGUUUCUCUCUCUCACCAACAGAAGUUGGUCCAAUAAAAGAUUUUACCUCAUCCACCUUGUCUCUCUGAAACCCACCUAAAGUGAUCUCUAGGUUUGACACUCUAAGUGAUCAACAGCCCCUCAUGGCCAAGAUCAUGUGGGCUUGAGCAAGUGUCUCUUCCUUGAUAAGCCCAAGAGCCAUUACGUCAAUUAACCUGUCACAUUUUGUCCUGCAUCAUUUCACAGAUGUUUUUUAUAUUCCAAACUCUAUUUAAUGAUGGUAUGUCUCCGUUCUGUGGUAUGGAAAGUGACUGAAUAUAAAGUUGGGCAGCUGUCAAGUCUAUAGGGCCACUUCCCCAACCCAUUUAUAAUUGUUGUGUGUUUCUGAAAACGAUUCAAAAACUGUAAAAUAGUAAAGUGUGUAUGAGAGAGAAUUGGGAUGAUUCUAUUGUCGGUCAUUAAAUUAAGAGAAUUGUUAACUGUUCAGCUUGUAUGUUUUAUUAAAAAAAAGUUCAGUAUGGAUAUUAAAAAAAAAAAAUUAGCUCAAAA